CAUAAGUACAAACAAUAUCAACAUAUAUCAAGAGUAUGUGCUGCAGCCUGUAAAUCUUUAAUUGCUAAUUUCCAAAGCUUAAAAGCAAACAUUCAGUUGAUUCUUAUAAAAAAUAAACAUCAAUACUCAACUUGUUUUAUCAAUUUGGCUACACAAAUUUCACAAGUUAAUCAAAUAUCAUUUCAAAAUACUGCUCAGAUUGCACAUUCAAUUUUAGGCUUCUUAACUG